GCCUCCGAUACAUGCAAAGAAUCCGUUGACACGAAGCGCCGACAUCCUCAGUCGCCGCUGUGAACCGAGUCAUUCAAAGGUCAGGAGUCUCGGGAGCUGUCUGCUCAAGGAGCCAUCUUUAUAUUUAUGUUGGACAUUCUUCCUGCAUGUCUGCUUGUGGCGCUCCUCAUCAUAAACAAAAUGUACAAAGCUCAUAUGUCGUCCCUCGGGACCCGGACAGACUCCGAUUAGAUCCAUCUGUUCCGAGCGAAAACAAUUGGCACAGUCAGUAACCUCGAGACACUUUGAUGUGAAAAACGGGAUUCUCCUGAAAGUCGUAUGUCGUGCCGUGCAUGUUCGCUGGAAUGGACUUUGGGUGAUCAACAUCCGCGCUCAACCGAGUCAGCCAGUGGUCAGAAGAAGAAGAAGAAGAAGAAGAAGAAGGAGAAGGAGGAGAAGGAGGAGGAGGAGGAGGCACUCCUGUAAAGUUCGGCAUGUGUAUUUGCAAUGACUGAUUGAUAUCGAGCAGCCAGAAAGGAAGGAUACAACAACAACGACCCAAAAAUCUCCUCGCGCAGCAGCCCGGCCGGCUCCACGAAGGAAGGCCUCGCGGUCGCGAUCGACAGCGAGGAGGCUGCGCAGGAAUCUUUGUUUCUGGUGAUAAAUCGAGAGCGACAGAAUGGGACCUGGAAUGUGGAGCUUGAUUACUUUGUUUGGUCUGUCGCUCUGGAGCAACGGUGAAGCCGUCAUCGAGAAGCCCUUCGCCGCGCGGCCACGGAGAGCGGCGGAGGCCAAUGGAGAAAAAAACACCAGGUGCUCCUACACCUUCCUGGUUCCCGAGCAGAAGAUCACAGGCCCCAUCUGCGCGGCCAGAGGUCCCGUCCCUGACGAAGACCGAGUGACUCGCCUCGACGUGGCCGCGGUGAGCGACCUUCUGUCGAAGCAAAGGCGGGAAAUGGAGACAGUGAAGCUGGUGGUGGAUGUGGACGGGAACCUGGUGAAUGAGAUGAAGCUGCUGAGGAAAGAGAGCAGGAACAUGAAUUCCAGGGUGACCCAGCUCUACAUGCAGCUGCUGCACGAAAUCAUCAGGAAGAGGGACAACUCACUGGAGCUGGCUCAGCUGGAGACGCGCAUCCUGAACGCCACCGCUGAGUCGCUGCGGCUGUCCUCGCGCUACAAGGAGCUGGAGGCCAAAUACGCCGCCCUCUCGGCGAUGGUGAACAACCAGUCGGUGGUGAUCGGAGCUCUGGAGGAGAGCUGUAUGAAGAUGGAGGACCGCAGGCGAGAGCCGCCGCCGCUGAGCCCUCCGAUGGCGCACGUGGUGCCCGAGAACAUUCCCGUCAAUGUGCCGCGUUUCACCAAUGAGAUACGAGGGGAUAAUAGCGGACGCUUUGCCCGCGAAAGGGGCUCUCGCUCUGGGCCGUCGCCAACCGGCGGCACCCUGGAAGUCCAGAAACCUCCUCAAACAAACUUUAGCGCCGAAGGUCCGUUCCGCGACUGUCUGGAAGCGCAAGAGGCCGGCCACGUCGCCAGCGGCAUGUACCUGAUCAAACCGGACGAGGCGGAGACAUCCCUGCAGGUCUGGUGUGAGCAGGAUAUGGACAACGGAGGCUGGACUGUGAUUCUGAGCAGGAAAGACGGCUCUGUUAACUUCUUCAGGAACUGGGAGAAUUACAAGAGCGGCUUCGGCAACACCGACGGGGAGUACUGGCUGGGUCUGGAAGGCAUUUACAAGCUGGGACGUCAGGGCGACUACAAGCUGCAGGUGGAGCUGGAGGACUGGAUGGACAAGAAGGUGUACGCUCAGUACAGUAGCUUCCACCUGGAGCCUGAGAGCGAGGGCUACCGCCUACGCUUGGGCACCUAUCGAGGCAACGCCGGCGACUCCCUCAGCGGCCACAACGGCAAACAGUUCACGACUCUGGAUCGGGACAAGGACGCGUUCUCGGGUAACUGCGCCCAUUUCCACAAAGGAGGCUGGUGGUACAACGCUUGCGGCCAAGCCAAUCUCAACGGCGUGUGGUACAGCGGCGGCGUCUACAGAAGCAAAUUCCAGGAUGGCAUCUUCUGGGCUGACUACGGCGGCGGCUUCUACUCCAUGAAGUCGGUCCGCCUGAUGAUUCGGCCCAUAGACGGAUGAGGCGCUCCCAACUGGAAGCUCAUUUGAAAGUGUGCCGUUAACCCAACGGCGAUCAACAGUCCGUCCUUUUACAGUUAGGACUCUUCUGUUUAUAUGUACAUGCAUAUCAUUAUCGAAACAAAUUGGGAGUUUGGGGACGUAUUUAUAAGAUGUAUUGUUACUUUAACCAAUAAUUAUAUAUAUAUCUAUAUAUAUAUAUAUUCAUUGGUGAAGGAAAACGAAGAACUGCAGGUGCAGUUAAAUCAAAGUUAUGCAACACGUCUGUCUAAUUUGGGGGUUUUCCUUAUUCCUGCUCCCCCCAAGCAGGAGCUGCCAGGCUUCCAAUCUUAACGCAGCUCUUCCUACCUCACCGCCAUGAGAAACAUCUGAAGGAAACACACAUUUUGGGGUAUUUGACUUGUGCCGUGCUUCCUGGAAACUGGAAAAUUGAUCUUUACAGCUUUCUUUUUUCGACUCGCCCCCUCCGAAAUCAAGCCCUUUCAUUUUUCUCUUGACACUUCAAAUGACCUUUGUGCGAUGUGUUUAACUACUUUGGGCAGAAACUCUAAUUUAUAUGUACAAUUAACUUAUCAGAACAGUGAAAAGGGCCCGGUGUCCUGAGGGAAAGGAUGUAUAGCAAUCAUUGUGUGUGUGCGUGCGUUUUCACAUAUGGACAUGUGUUGCUUGUUUCACUCACUCAACCUUUGAUUUUGGUACGACACCCAGAGCAGCAACUGUGGAAUUUGCUGUUGUUUUGCAGCGUUUGAAGAGUUAUAGGCACUUAACGAGAAAAUAACGAGAAGCCCUUUUCACCAAGCCAGACAUGACGGCGCGAGAAAAGGAGCAGGGGCCGUCUGGGGAUGGAUUCGGAUGGAAAGUUAUUCCCGCUCGCCCCCUUUUAAAUCCAUACAGACAUUUAUUUACAUUCUUUCCACACAAAACCGCUUGAACCGUAUGUUCCCUUCCAUCAACUCAUUCACGGGUCGGUGUACGCAGUAAGCGCUGAUAUGAAAGUCGAGUUGGAAUGGUUCUUUGAGGAGAGGAGUGUUUGAGCUGCCUUAUUGCCGUUUGGCUUUUUGACCUUCACGUUACACGGGUCGGGUCAAAUUGGAAUUCAAAGCUACUUUGGGUUAGAGAGCGGGCACAACGUGCGACUUCAUAACUUAGCGGUCCACAGCAAAGGAUCACCACUGUGCCAUUCUGCCAUUUGAGUGCAUGUUGACAUUCCAAACUUAUAGAUCAACGGUUACAUGAAAUCCAGUGAAAGAAACAGAUUGUCUUCCUGGAAAGAAAGUUGUCAGAGCGACGAUCCGGAGCAUUCUAUAUUUGACGUUAUCGAAAUGCAGAGUUGCGCUUGCGUGAUCCUCGUUGUUGCAGGAACACAUUUGACACAAUGCGGAUAUUGCACAAUCCCAUUUCAUUGAGAGUGCUAACACAUUUUGGUGGGUAACUGGAAAAGAGCAAUUCAUCAGUUCACGUAUGACUCAUAACCACAAUAAUUGAUGACAUUUGGUUGACGUAUCCGUCACACCGUUGCAAAAAUGAGAGAAACACAUUUCGAACCUGUUAGAGAUUUGGGUUUGUUUCAAACGGUAUUUUCCCGGCUGGAAGUGACACGUCCAGUUUGAGGAAAGACUUUAAGAAGUAAAUAUACUUUUCAAAUAUAUUCACCUUUUCUUUUCUUGUGUCAUUUGCAGCUCAAAGAUUCCACUCACCGUAUUAAAAUUCACCUUAACUUAA